UAGUCUUUGCAGUUGAAUUGUCUGAUUUUGUUACCUUUUGUAUUGAGCGUAGUAGUGAAUAAUAAUUUGUUUUGCGGUCAAUUCAUUUAUGAUAAAUAGUUAUUAGCCAAUACUUUGUAUAAGAAUUUUGUAUCAAAUUUCAGGAUUUUGCAACUGCCUCCCAAUUAAAUAUGUCGGAGAAAAGCGAAAUCACUAAGGAAAUUUCUGAAUUAACCAAAAAGCGCAGCAGCUAUAAAGGCAACUGUCAUUUAACUUAUGAAGAAUUGUAUACAACUUUAACUCAAAUAGAGGCGAUUUUAAACUCUCGACCACUCACUCCGUUAUCGUCACAUCCAGAAGAUUUGACCCCACUGACCCCCGGCCAUUUUUUGAUUGGACGUCCGAUGACAGCCAUUCUUACUGAGGACUAUCAAGGACUGAAACCGGAGACUCAUCUUACGAGAUACCAACGAAUUGAGCAACUCCGUCAACAUUUUUGGGCACGAUGGAGCAAGGAAUAUAUUUCUGAACUUCAAACACGUACUAAAUGGCAGACUUCAUCCAAACCGCUGGAAGUCAACUCGUUGGUCCUUAUAAAGGAAGAUAAUAUGCCACCGUUAAAGUGGAAGCUGGGUCGUGUAGUUGCCCUUUUUCCUGGCCUGGAUGGGAUCGCUCGCGUUGCAGAGAUCCGGACAGCCAACGGGAUAGUGAAGAGGUCCUUCAGUAAAAUAUGUCCACUCCCGAUAACAGCUGAUAAGUGCGUAAUUUGAACUGCGGUUGAAUGCAGGCCUUCAACGCCCGGGGGCAUGUUUGCGCCUGAAGUUAAAAAUAAGCAAUGACGCAAAGCCGCGUCAUUUUCUAUUUCAAAUUAAAAAUAAAAAAACGAACUGUCAUAAUGUAACUUCAUAUUGUCUCAUCUCGUGAAUAUAACCUCUUGUACUCCUUGCUCUUAA